UAAAUAUUGUAACAUAAAUAAAUAACGAACUCUAAUCUAAUCUUAUCUCUAGGUAUAAAGGCAGCUAAUCAAUCUCUGUGUCUCUCUCACACACACAUCCGCUUUCUGAACUUUUAUUAUGUCUUGAUGAUUGUUUUUCAGGGAUCAGGAGAAGAAGUAUCGGUUUUUGUGUUCGAUAUUAAAAACAAUAGCGACACUCAGUUUGAAGUGGCCAAAACAGCUGUCAAACGACUGAAAACAUUGAGACAUCCCAGUAUUUUGACUUACCUUGAUAGUCUUGAGACUGAUAAAAUGCUUUACUUAGUAACAGAAUAUAUUGAACCAUUACAUACUCACCUGGAAACAUCAUGCAGUAAUGAAGGAACAGCCAAAGAAUUGUAUUUGGCUUGGGGUAUAUUUCAAAUAACGAGAGCUCUGAGCUUCGUGAACAACGACUGCAACAUGCGUCACAACAACGUGUGCCUGUGGUCGGUGUUUGUGAACUGCGCCGGCGAGUGGAAGCUGGGUGGAGUGGAGUACAUGGCCGGCACUGCAGAUGGCACCGGCCUCCCCAUCAAGGUGCUGCCCUCCCUCGACAAGUACGACCCUCCCGAGAAGGCUGACCUCAACCGGCAAAAAACAAUCACCAAAUGCUCUACUGAUAUGUGGGGUCUUGGCUGCCUUAUAUGGGAGGUGUUCAACGGACCAUUACCAAAACAAUCUUCGUUGAAACAUAUUGAGUCUAUACCGAAGUCAUUGAGCGGAGCAUACUGUGAAAUGGUGGGAGCCAAUCCCAACACAAGACCGAAUCCUGCUGACCUCAUCACAAGAUGUCGCAAAAAUGGCGGAUAUUUUAAAAACGAACUAGUCGACUCACUGCUGUUUCUAGAAGAAAGUCAGAUAAAGGAUAAGAAUGAAAAGUCACGCUUUCUUAACAACUUGACUAAUCAACUUGAUCGAUUUCCUCAACACAUAUGCAAGCAUAAAAUACUGCCGCAGUUGAUAACCGCAUUCGAAUAUGGAGAUGCUGGUGCCGCUGUGCUGGCUCCCAUGUUUAAGUUGGGAAGAUUACUAGACGAUGCAGAAUAUCAAAAGAAAAUAGUACCCUGUGUUGUUAAAUUAUUUGCUUCGAAUGACCGAGCGACAAGAAGUAGGCUUCUUCAACAACUUGAACAUUUCAUAGAUCAUUUACAAGCCAGCACGGUCAACGAACAGAUAUUUCCACAGAUAGCUAAUGGAUUCCUAGACACAAAUCCAACUAUUAGAGAACAGACUGUAAAAUCUAUCAUCCACCUUUCUCCAAAGCUGAAUUACAAUAACUUGAAUUUGGAAGUGCUGCGACAUUUUGCAAGGUUACAAGCCAAGGACGAUCAGAGCGGAAUCAGGACCAAUACUACGGUUUGCUUGGGGAAAAUAGCACAACAUCUUCAUCCUCAGAUAAGGCAAAAGGUGCUCAUAUCGGCUUUUAUCAGGGCGAUGCGGGAUCCUUUUCCCCCUGCACGCAGUGCUGGAGUACUAGCGCUCGCCGCGACCCAGCAGUACUUCCUGCUAAGCGAAGUGGCACGCCGCAUUCUGCCAGCUCUCUGCCACCUGACUGUCGACCCAGAGAAGACAGUCCGCGACAACGCCUUCCGCACAAUCAAGGGAUUCCUUGGCAAACUCGAAAAGGUGUCUGAGGAGCCGACGCUGCGUGAGUCGAUGGAGGCAGACGUGCACGCAGCCACACCCAGUCUGUCCAAUGCAGCCGCCACGUGGGCCGGCUGGGCAGUCACUGCCGUUACCGCCAAGUUCUACCGCAGCCAGUCAGACACGCCAAAGUCCCAGCAUCCGCCCCACCGCAUACUCACCAAACCCGCCUCACUCGAGCAACCAUCGAGCAGCAGUCUGUCGACGACAACAUCGUCAGUGACCUCGAUGACGUCACUGGAGCAGGAGGCCAACAAGGGCGGCGUGACGGAUGGCGGCCAGGACUCGGUGUCAGACUACGACUGCGACAACUGGGAUGCCGCCUCCGACAACUGGGGCGACAUGGAGGAGAUGGCCGCCGGCCAGGGUGAGAGUGAGGCCGAGGGUGAGGUGCGUGGCACCGACGGCUGGGACACUGAGGAGUGGGGCAGUCUCGAGCCGCAACCUGAACAGGUGACAGGAAGCGAUUCAUGGGCGACUGGAGAUUUUACAUUGCCGAACAGUAGAAGUAGCCCCAAUAUUGGCCGUAUAGGAGAAGAAUUCACCUCUGCCACUAGUCUCAGGAGAUCUGGAGAAUCGGCCUUUUCCAGUGAAGGUAUAAGUACCAUUGUUGAAGAGGACAAAUCCAAAUUGAGCAAAGAAGAGAGACGUCAACAACGACAAAAAGAGUUGGAAGCCAGAAGAGCGCAGCGCUUAUCUGCAGGACCUAUGAAAUUAGCAACUAAAAAAAUAUAAUAUCAGACCAUUAGAGGGGUCUCGGCUUGUUUCUAAUCAAUGUACUGUGUUAUACGUGUAACUGUAUUUCUGUAUAUUUUUAUAGCUUGAAAAGUUAUGUAUAAACUACUCUAGAAAUUUCCAUCCAUUGUCAACACUUCAGUAUCAACAAGCACACCAGAAAGUAUGGGCCUAUACUUUAGAGUUUAAUUCAUUUUAUAACUAAUAUAAAUAUUAUACUGAUGAAUAACUAUCAUUCCCUUUAAUAAAAUAAUAUGAAUUUUAUCAUAGAAAUUACUUCUAAUUAUAUCUUGUAUUAUUUGCCCUUGAAUUCAAAUUAUUGUUCAAUAAUAAAUUGAAUCUAUUUUUUACAUUA